CAUUUGAGGCCAUUUCGGAAGAGAGAGAGAGAGAGGGGAUCAGAAAAAGGGGUUUUUUUUGGAUUCAAUUUGACGAGCCGCCUAGAGCCAUUUUGGGGGCGGUGGUUCUUCGGCCGCAAGAACCAGGAGCCCUUAGAAGGGGACCCAUCCAGUUUUCGUGUUUUAGGGUAGACUAGCCGGAGUGGAAGAACACAGCUGAAACAUUCCUCCGUUCUCAGGAGGGUUAUUUAGGGUUUUCUAUUUCAGACAUGGAGUGCAAUAAGCAAGAAGCGAUUAGGGCAAAAGAGAUUGCAGAGAAAAAGAUGCAAUUGAAGGAUUAUAGUAGUGCCCAUAAGUUUGCUUUGAAGGCUCAAGUUCUCUAUCCUGAUCUAGAGAACAUUUCUCAGAUCAUAACUGUUUGUGAAGUACACUGCUCUUCCGAAAAAAAUAUUUUUGGAAACGAAAAGGAUUGGUAUAGUAUUCUAAAGAUUGAACACACAGCAGACGAAACUUCGAUUAAGAAGCAAUAUAAGAAAUUGGCCCUGCUUCUUCAUCCUGACAAGAACAACUUUGCUGGUGCGACUGAUGCUUUCAAGUUAAUUGGCGAAGCUCAGAGAGUCUUGUUAGACUCUGAGAAACGUAAGUCUCAUGACUUCAAACAUAGAGCUUCGAGAAGUUUUGUACCAAUCCGGCCUCAACAUCAACAUCCUAACAAUAACUCAAAUGCUGCUGCUUCAAUGAAUAGAACGAAUGCAAAUGUUUCGUUUUCUCAAGGCCAACAACAAACAACUUCAUCUGUCUUUAAAGAGACAUUUUGGACGGCCUGCCCUUUUUGUUGUAUACGCUACCAAUAUUACAAAGAUCUGGUCAACAGACUUCUACAAUGCCAACAGUGCAAAAAAUCUUUCACAGCAUUAGAGGUCAAGGGUCGCACAGCACCAUCAGAAGCCAAUCAGACUCGGAUGUCGGAUUAUCUCAAGAAGGAAAACACUUCUAAUCCUAAAACUGAAGCCGCCAAUUCCAAAGUCCAACCCAAAAGAAAAAAUGUCAGUCAAAACGGAACGACAUCAAGCCAGACUAAAUCUAGUAAAGCCAAAAAACCGGUUGGGAGUCCGAAGAAAGAAGAUAAAGCUGCUGGUAAGAGUAAAACUGAAUCCAGCGGCACUACUGAGUCUGAAAGCAGUGCUGAUUCAGUAGAAACACUUGAAGACGAUUUGUCAAAGCAAAAUGUUGAAGACGAUCCGCUCUCUCGGAGGAGAUCAUCUCGAUCUAAAAGUAACAUUUCAUACAAGGUUGAUAUUAGUGAUGAUGAUGAUGAUUACGAAGGGGGUCCUAGAAAAAAGAUGAAACAGCAACCCCAACCAGAAGAGGAUGGGAGCCACCCGAUCGAAAAUCUAAGCUCAGAGGAAAGCCAACAAUCGAAAAAAUCGGUUGAUUCAGAAGAGAAUGCGAGCCAGACUGUGAAGGAAGAUAAUGAUGGGAAAGACUCUACAGAAACGAGCUCCGAUGAGAUGGAGGAUCCACAAGUGUAUACGUGUCCCGAUCCAGAAUUCAACGACUUUGACAGUAUUCGUAAGGAAGAUUGCUUUGCAGUUGGGCAACUGUGGGCUUGUUAUGACGAUGUUGAUGCGAUGCCUCGGUUUUACUGUCGUAUCGCCAAAGUUAUCUCCCCUGGGUUUAAGGUGAGGAUAAUGUGGUUAGAACCAGAUUCUUCGCAUGAUGAAGGAAAUCCGGGUAACGAUGAGUUGCCCGUUUCUUGUGGAAUGUUCAAACGAGGUAAUUACGAAUUCACAGAAGAACUUUUUAUGUUCUCUCAUUUGAUUCACAUAGAAAAGGGUAGCAGAAGUGACAGAUAUAAGGUAUACCCAAGGAAAGGCGAAACUUGGGCGUUGUUCAAGAACUGGGAACCAAAUACUAUUGUUACUGGAAACAAGUUCGAGUAUGAAUUCGUUGAAGUUUUGUCGGAUUAUGAUAGAGAGUCUGGCGUUUCUGUGGCACCUUUGGAAAAGGUGCAAGGAUUUACAUGUCUGUUUAAUCGCACAACAACAACGAAUGAAGGAUCAAAUUCGUUUCAGGUAGUUCCUAGUGAGUUAUACAGAUUCUCCCAUAUGGUUCCUUCGUUUAAAAUGAACGGUACAGAGCGGGAAGAUGUCCCGAAUGGAUCUUUUGAACUUGACCCUGCAUCACUUUCCACCACCCGCGAAGAGGAUGUUUCUUGAGGAAGGAGAGGGGUGAGCUGUGAAACAUCCUGGUUUUGAAUUAUAGAUAGAAAAUGCAGCUUUGACCAUUUAAAAGUUUUUCUAUAUUUUUCUGUAACUUUGAAAAGACUGAAUGGAAUUAAAAGGGUGAUAUUGUUAGAUGGAACUUGUA